GAAAUCAUGAAGAUCUUGGUGGCCUGUUUGGUGCUGGUGCUGCUGUCUGCCAGUGUGCACUCUGAAGAUGUCCAAGCCCGUUAUGAUAAGUUCAUAAACCAACAUAUCCAUGAGAGUAUGAAGCCUGAGAUAUGUAAUCAGGUGAUAGGUGAAAAGGACAUCAAGGACGCAAAAACCAGCAAAUGUAAAGACACCAACACUUUCAUCCUUUCCACCAUCAAUUUAGUCAAAGAAAUCUGUGACCGUGCAGGUCCACAAUAUAAAGAUGGUGACCUGACCACAAGCACCAAACAAUUUGACAUUGUUGUCUGUAAACUGGAACAAAAGGGAGCCAGUCCUCCCAACUGCAAGUACAAUG